AUGGUUGCCAUCCCUGCAGAGCUCCUCAGCGGACUCGCACCGCCACGCCCCUCGCAGACCGUCUACCGCGAGGAGUGUACCCAGUGCUUCGACACGCACGACCUCCCCGCCGGCAUCGACGUCUGCCUCACCUGCUUCAACGGCGCCUGCUCGCCCCUCGGCAGCGUCAACGGCCACGGCCGCGCCCACUUCGACAAGUCGGGCCACCGCGUCGUCGUCAACAUCCAACGCUGCAAGAAGCCUGCGAGUGAGAGGAGGCGCAGCAAGCGGGACUCGAACGAGCCGCCCGUCAAGAAGCUCGCGAUCCGCGAGGAGGAGCCCGAGGAGGACAAGUUCGACUUCCUCACCGAGGUCCGCAUGUACCAGGGCGAGCGCGCAUCGGCCGAGUACCUCGUUGUCGACGAGGUGGACGACAAGCUCAACGGCAUCGUCGCGGCGGUCCUCAGCUCGAUGUCGUCGGCGCAGAAGAGCGAGGUCAAGGCGUGGGAGGAGGAGAUCGUGCCCUGUCAGCACACGCGCGACCUCGUCCAGCCCAAGUCCAAGAAGCUCGAGCCGUCUGGUCUCGCCUCCUGUGCCGUCGAGGGCUGCGGCCUGACGUCCAACCUGUGGCUCUGCCUCGUGUGCGGCGCGCUCGGCUGUGGGCGGCAGCAGUUUGGCGGCGGCGGCGGCAACGGGCACGCGCUCAAGCACACGAGCGAGACGGGCCACGCGGUCGCCGUCAAGCAGGGCACGAUCGAGCCUGAUGGCUCUGCCGACGUCUACUGCUACGCCUGCGACGAUGCUCGCGUCGACCCCGAUAUCGCCAAGCACCUGUCGACGUUCGGCAUUGAGGUCGCGAGUCAGAAGAAGACGGAGAAGAGCAUGACCGAGCUUCAAGUCGAGCAGAACCUGACGUUCGACUUUGCGAUGACGGGCGCCGACGGCAAGGACCUCGAGCCGCUCGCCGGGCCCGGCUUGACCGGCCUCAAGAACCUCGGCAACAGCUGCUACAUGGCGUCGUCGCUCCAGUCCCUCUUCUCGCUCCCGGCCUUCCAGGACCGGUACCUCACGUCGUUCGUCGUCCACACGGCGUCCUGCACCAACCCGUCGCCGGCCACGUGCUUCGAGUGCCAGAUGUCCAAGGUCGCCGACGGCCUCCUGUCGGGUCGCUACGCCAUCCCGCACGUGGCCGAGCCGUCCGACGCGCUCGCUGGCAACGACGUCGAGUCGUCGGGCCCGAGCGCCGCCAACGACGAGCGCGCGCAGUUCCAGGAGGGCAUCAAGCCGUCCAUGUUCAAGGCGCUCGUCGGCAAGGACCACGCUGAGUUCUCGACGAUGCGUCAGCAGGACGCGGGCGAGUUUGUCGCGCACCUGCUCGAGUACAUCCGGCGCGCGGCCAAGCAGCUCGGGACCGACGAGCCGACGGGCAUCUUUGGCUUUGCCGUCGAGGAGCGCCUCGAGUGCCAGGAGUGCCACGGCGUGCGGUACAAGACCCAGACGCAGGAGCUCCUCCCGAUCCCUGUCCCCGUCACGACGCGCACGACGUACAAGCAGGACGACAAGCGCCAGGUCGAGUACGAGCCGGUCGAGCUCACGAGCUGCCUCGGCGACUUCACGAGCCCGGUCGAGAUCGAGUACAGCUGCCCGCAGUGCGACAAGAAGGUGUCAGCCGUCAAGUCGACCCGCUUCGCGACCUUCCCGGACGUCCUCCUCGUCAACGCGGCGCGGUUCCAGCUCGAUGGCUGGGUCCCGCGCAAGGUCGACGUGCCGCUCAUCGUGCCCGCGACGGGCCUCGACAUGAGCCCGUACGUCGGCAAGGGCCUGCAAGAGGGCGAGAAGGAGCUGCCGCAGGACAAGGCCGAUGCACCCGCCGAGUUCCAGUUCGACGCCGAGGCCAUGACGCAGCUCACCGGCAUGGGCUUCCCCGAGAUCCGCGCCAAGCGCGCCCUCCUCGCCACCGGGCACAACGGCGCCGAGGUCGCCAUGAACUGGCUCUUUGAGCACAUGGAGGAUGCCGACAUCGACGACCCGCUGCCCGCCGCUGCGCCUGCCGCCUCGAGUGGGCCCGACAUCCCGGCCGACCAGAUCGCCAUGGUGUGCGACAUGGGCUUCACGCCGGCCCAGGCGCGCAAAGCGCUCGGCGAGACGGGCGGCAGCAUCGAGCGCGCCGUCGAGUGGCUCUUCUCGCACCCGGACGACGACGGCUCUGCGCCUGCCGCCGCAUCGAGCGCCACGGCAGGCUCGAGCGGCACGACGCUGCCCGGGUCCAAGGACGUGCCGGCCAAGUACCGCCUCAAGGCGUUCAUCUCGCACAAGGGCCCGUCGGUGCACUCGGGCCACUACGUCGCGCACGUGUGGACCGGGCAGGCGAGCGUCGGCGGCGUCGAGGGCAAGGGCGGGUGGGUCCUGUUCAACGACGAGAAGGUCGUGCGCGCCGACGAGGGCGAGCAGGCGGCCGACAAGCUCAUGCCGCUCGCGUACGUCUACCUGUUUGAGCGCGUGCGGGACUAGGGCGCUCGUGUAGCCGAGACGUAGCCGAGACGGUGUGAAUACGAGCAUCUGUCGAGAUGG